CGAUCGCGUUUCCCCGGGGCGCUCAGGGACCCUGCAGCCGCCAGCGCGCAGCUUGGGGCCGGCAUGGGAGGGGUGGCCGGGCCGGCAUGAUGAGCGCCCUGGGCAGCCCUGUGCGGGCCUACGAUUUUCUACUUAAGUUCCUGCUGGUGGGCGACAGCGACGUGGGCAAGGGCGAGAUCCUGGCCAGCUUGCAGGACGGAGCAGCCGAGUCUCCUUAUGGACACCCGGCGGGAAUUGAUCACAAGACGACCACCAUCCUGCUAGAUGGCCGAAGAGUGAAGCUGCAGCUUUGGGACACCUCAGGACAGGGGAGAUUUUGUACCAUAUUCCGCUCAUACUCUAGAGGCGCACAGGGUGUGAUCCUGGUCUAUGACAUCGCCAACCGCUGGUCCUUCGAUGGCAUCAAUCGAUGGAUUAAGGAGAUUGAUGAGCAUGCCCCUGGGGUUCCUAAAAUCUUGGUGGGAAACCGACUGCACCUGGCAUUCAAGCGGCAGGUGCCCACCGAGCAGGCCCAGGCCUACGCUGAGCGCCUGGGUGUGACCUUCUUUGAGGUUAGCCCUCUGUGCAACUUCAACAUUACAGAAUCCUUCACGGAGCUGGCCAGGAUCGUGCUGCUGCGGCAUGGGAUGGACCGUCUCUGGAGGCCGAGCAAGGUACUGAGUUUGCAAGACCUCUGCUGCCGCGCUGUGGUGUCCUGCACACCUGUGCACCUGGUAGACAAGCUCCCUCUCCCUGUAACCUUAAGAAGCCACCUUAAGUCGUUCUCCAUGGCCAAUGGCCUGAACACCAGGAUGAUGCAUGGCCGCUCCUACUCCCUAACCGCCAGCUCCAGCCACAAGAGAAGCAGCUUCUGCAAGGCCAGGAACAGCCGCUCCCCCCAGAGCCCGCCCAGAAACUGUACCAGGAAUAGCUGCAAAAUUUCUUAGAGACUGGAGUUGGUGGCACAGGCCUGUCAUACCAGCUACUUACAAGGCUAAGGCAGAGGGAUCACAAGCUCAAGGCCCACCCAAGCUACAGAAUGAGUUCAAGACCAGCCUGGGCAACUAGUGAGACCCUGCCUCAAAAUUACAAAGUAAAAAGACUCUCUCCCAGAGUCUGGAGGACACAGACCAUUCUACACUCAAGAAGCAUACUCUCCACCUCUUACAGUAACGAUGAUGCUUCAUUUGGAAUGCCUAUGCCACUGAUGUGGUAUGAAUGCUCAGUGCGCUGUGACUGGAACUCCUGUGUGGAUGUGCAUGCAGCUCUUGUUCUAGACGUGUGUGUGCAAAGGGAAAAAUCAGUAUUCUGCUCUACUCUUGAUAAUAUGAAAUCAUGGAUGUUACUUUUAUCAUGAUUGCUGUGCAACUUUUUCUGUAACUGCUUUUAUAUGGCUGAUAAAAUGUGUGUAGUGAAUACAUAUUCAAGGAAAUUUCAGAAACAAUAACCAGAUAGGCUAGCAUCACUGAUAUUACAAGAGGGGCCUUUUGUAAACCUCCUUUAAUGUCAGGGGUCCAAUUUAUAAAAAAUGCUGCAGUUUCACACAGAGAUUGUGUACAACAGAUCUGUCCCAUUUGGGUAGGACAUGGGUUUGAUAAAGUUUUUGCUAUGUCAUUUACUACAUUUUGGGAUUAAUAAGUAAUCUAUAUUCAUAUUUUUCUGUAAACAUUUUUGUACAAAGUGUCCUAUAAGUUAUGAAGCUAUGGGAAGAAAAUGCCAAAGAUCUCCAAUUAUGUUGAACACUGUUUCAGCCAGCACUGUUUCAACAGAUUAGCAAGGAGAAAGGUAUUUCAGUAAAGAAUGAAGUAAAAACAGUAUUAUUUAAGGAAAUAUUUCUCAAUAAACUGGAUAUUUGUCCCUCUCUUGAGAGUCAUGAUAUCUCUUCCUAUAUCUAGGUAAGUAACAGCCCUUUUCUCCUCUUGUCUCCUUGCUUGGUGUAGCCAUCAAGGGAUAGUUUGGUUCAUGAUGCUCACCACAGAGAUUAGUCUUUGUCCUUUGUAACCUUUGGUAAAGAUUUCUUUCCCAGAUAAGAAAUGCAAAGAAAGAAAAUAGUUCUGGGUGUGGUGGCUAAUGUCUGUUACCCCAGUUCUUGGGAGGUUGAAGCACUAUUGCUGUGAUAUUUAGAUCAACCUGGAACUACAUAGUGAGUUCCUAGGUUGGAAAGUAAGAUCUUGUCUCAACAAAAUAAAGUGAAAGCACUAAAAGACAACACUUGUGUGUCUCCUGGCAAAGGUUUAUUGUCCCUUAUUGGGAGUACAGAGCUGUGGCCAGGCAUUUCUCUAGAG